UCAUCCUGAUUAGCACAUAUUCUUUCCCACUUGCUUGUCCCAGCCAUGCAUGAGUUGGCGUCUCGGUUCGCUCAUCUGUCGCAGGUCGACAGACUUGAAUGUUUAAGAGAUAUACUUGGGUCGCUGUCGCUGUACGAGACCGCCAAGGCUAAGAAACUGCUGCUUAGGUCCUCGGGAGAGAAAUUCGACAUACUACUAAGCAUACCCGAAGUGAUAUCCACCCACACGCUCUCAUACCUGGACCUUGCGGAUAUGCGCACCUGCACCCAGGUUUCUCGCGGCUGGUACAACCUUGUUCACUCAAACAGAGUUCUACACCAAGCUGUCAAGCGGCACAUGGCUGACAGCCACCCACCGCCGUCACUCAUGCACGAUACGUCGGCCAUCUUUCAUUGGCUGAAUCGGCGCGACUUGGCAUGGAGGAGGGAAAGUGCAGGUGCCUCCAGGGUGCUGACGUAUCGAUGCCCGGAGCAGUGGCGUGCAGCGGCAGGUGGGCUGCUGUAUGUAGUGGAGAGAUGCUCCGAGUGUGGGCGGUGGAAUGAGGAUAGUAUCGGUGGGCCGUCCUGUUUCGCAACCCCAUCCACUGCUCUUCGCCUGGCGAUAUGCGCAGAGUCGGGGCUGGUUAUUUGUUCUACUCUUUUGCGCCAUAUACCUGGUAUUCUCGCCAGAAGACAAAAAGUGCAUGCUGUCGAUUCGCCGGACAAACAGCACAAUCAGGGGCAUUGACAUAUUGGCUGACCAGUUUGUUGUAUUGGAUAGCGGUGCGAAUGUGGCGACGGUCUAUUCAUACCCGCUGGAUGUGGCGAUGGAUCUAGCAAACACCCAGGUAAAAACAGUGGCCAUUCUGCGCAACGAAACUAAGGCAAG